AUGGGUAUGGUUGUGGUGAUCUCUCUGCCUUUUAUUUUGUUCACCAUACUGCUUGGUUUUGGGUGCUACUUCUUUGGAAGAGCCAGAGGGCGAAAAGACGCAAUUUCCUCGGCUCAGGUUUAUGGGGUGCCUACUCCACCACCAGGAGCUAAUAAUUCUCUGCCUUCAUCUCCUCCACCACAUCAUUUCAAGCACGACAACUCUGCCAAUGUUUAA